AUGAGCGAUGAAUUAUUUAACGGACUACAUGAAGAAGGCGUCGUAAAUGGCGUAAUUUUAUUAUUAAAAGAAAAAAACAGUACAAUUUUUAAUAUGUAUACCACCAGAUCAUUUUCUCGGAAAUUCACGAAUAAAACACUUAUUGUCAAUUCCUGCGAUUUUGGAAAAUUUUCAAAUAGCAGACCUCUUUAUCCAAAGGAAAGAACUAAAGAGAUAUCUAAGAAGACAAUUAAAAUUGGAUACUAUGUGUUUGAACCUUAUUGCAUAGAACGUUUAACAUUCGAAGUAAACAACAAAUUAACAGGUAUCGAAAUAAAUUUGAUGAAUACUAUUACUGAUAAACUAAAUAUUAAAGUGAACUAUAUUAAAUCAAAAAUGGCCAGCGGUAAUGUUUAUAGUAAUGGUACUCUCACAAACGAAUUUGUUAGUCUACAUAAAAAAAGGCUGGAUAUGAUAAUUGGUGGAUAUGUACUAUCACCAGCUAGGACGAUUUAUUUUAUACAAACCUGUCCAUUUUUAAAACAAAAAAUGGUGUGGUGUGUACCACAUCAAUAUAUUUAUCCCCAUUCUCUAAACAGUAAUCUGUUAUUUCUAUUUAGUAUCGUAAUAGUUUAUACUAUUUUGAUUAUAAUUCUUUGGGUUGUAGAUCGAAAACAGCGACCUACUUUCAGAUUAUACAAAAAUGUAUCGCAUUUAAUUAUAAACAGUUGGGGUAUCCUUCUAGGAAAACCCACCGUGCUCCUUCCCAAAUCUAAUAAAUUAAGGUAUUUUAUAAUUCUAAUGCUACUUUUUGCUUUCGAAAUAAAUAUAAUUAUCACUAGUAAAAUGACAACUUCUUUCAUAAAAGCGUACCGCGUAGAAAAAUAUGAUUCUCUAAAAAAAAUUUACGACCACAAUCUAACUACAUAUUUCGCUGAAAACACCAUGCAAUACUUUGCAAACAGGGAAACCGAUGAUGGUGUGUCUUUUGAAACUAUAAUACAUAAAGAAACUGUCUGCAGCAAUCAAAUACAGUGUCUUAAAAAUGUUGCAGCAGGAACUGCAGCUUUCUUUUUACCAGAUGAUCGAAAGAACUAUUUGCUUCAAUUUUUGAAAGAAAACGAAACUUCUAUCUACUGCUCUACAUUUAUUGAUUAUGUAUAUGUUUCUGGUAUUAUGAGAAAAGGUUUUUCUUUCACUCGACAGUUUAAUAAAAUAAUUGGUGAACUUUCAAGCGCAGGAAUUAUAGAUCAUUGGAAACGAGAAAUGUUUAUGGAUCAGAAAAAAGAAGAAAGCAGAAGAUUAGAAAAACUGAGUAUACGAGACAUUCAAACAGCUCUAUACAUUUUAGCUUGUGGUUAUAUUUUUUCAUUUAUUAUAUUUUCAGUUGAAAUAUAUUUUUCUUGUACAGGAAUCUAUUAUACUUUUAUAAAAUAA